AUGCCUGCAGCACAUCUGCCCAUUGCCCCCGCGCAGCAGCGCCUUACAGAAGAAGGUAAUGGUCGCAUUGGCCAUCAGAUUCUAGCUGCUGCCUUUGAGCCCAUGCCCUGGCAAUCUCAGUCUUUCUCACACUCGCCCGCAGCUUCGCCGGACGGCAUUCCCAUUGAUGCCGAACUUCCGUUGACAGUCAAGAACACGUUUAUCGAUGUAGCAGAUGAGGAGUCGCCGGAUUCCAUGACUUCGUUCCAUGACGGGGCCAAGACAUGCACCGCUCGCAUGUCAGAGACUGCGUCACCUGCGAGAUUCUUUAUAUCUCACGAAACCGGGCAUGAUGAGGAUGAGGUGCAGGAAGUGACAGGACAAGCGCCGGCGUCAGUCCCUUAUCGGGAGAGCGACUCACCGCCACAGACCCAGAUGAGUCCAUCUCACUUUGGGCGGCAACUUUUGGGUUUGGCUUUGCAAGCCCCAGAAGUCUUGCAACACCCACCUUCGGAGGGUUCUCGACUGCAUGGGCUUCUUGAUGAGGAGGGGCUUCCUGCAUGCCAGCCAUGUGCAUGGUUCCACAAAAAACCCAGCGGGUGCAUCAACGGUGCAGCAUGCAAGCGCUGCCACCUAUGCCCGGAAGGCGAGCCAAAGCUUAGAAAAAAGCAGAAAGUGGCCCGCCUACGGCAGCAACAAGCUGAAGCUGCAAACCGGGAAGCAGUGCAGGCUCAAGCUCAAGCGCAAGCGCAAGCCCAAGUGCAGGCACAAGCCCAAGCGCAGGCUCAGGCGCAAGCUCAAGCUCAAGCACAGGCUCAAGCACAAGCCCGUGCGCAGGCUGCACAAGCCCAAGCAGCGCAAGCAGCGCAGGUCGCACAAGCGGCACAAGCAGUCCAAGCGGCGCAAGCCGCACAAGUGGCACAAGUAGCACAAGCUACACAUCCGAUACAAGCGGUGCAGGGGCAAGAUGCAUCAGCCAGAUGUGCAGAUGCAACUAGAGGCAUCCCUGGCGCACCGCCAAGUCCCAGCGGACCUGGUGGCAUGGUCAUCCAAGGUGGUCAAGUGAUGGCAAUCCCUGGCUCACCUGGCCAAGUAGUUGCAGUCCCAAUUUCUGGUCCAAUACAUCAGGCAUUGGGCUGCGCCGUGUCAGCGCAAGUGUACCCCGUUACGAUGACUCCAUAUCCUAUGCUUCCUGCGGGUGGAACCGUUUUGAUGCAAUUGCCUGGCGCGCCAGUGACUCAAAUCCCUCAAGCGGCUGUACCGCAGGCAACCUAUAAGCUGGACACGCCACAAAUGGUGUCUGGUGCACAACAGCGGAGUCCCAGCCCACGAUGGGCUGACAUGGGUGCUGAGGAUCAGUGA